CGCCAUAUUUGUACCUGUGAACCAAUCUACGCCCUUUGUAAACCAAAAACGUUACAUUUACUGAUGAUAAAUGCUGUCUAAUGAAAUGGCGUAUGUGUACAACUACGUUUUACUAAUGUAAGGUAUACUGAGGAAUUCUAAUACACGAGCAUCUUGGCCAUUUGGCAUGAUGUAAAACACUUUCUUUUUUACGGUUGGCAUGUGUGUUACCACAGAAAUCCUUCACAUCAUGCUGUCCCUCUAGAUUUUGUAAGAAUUGUUAAAUUUCGCGUUUAAUGCGGCGUCUCCAUUUUAUAUCUGUUGGCCCGAAGGCUAGAUUAUGUUUAUAGCAGUUGACGUUUGAGACUGAAGCUGGCAAUAUUAAAUCGAUUUUCACAACUGGUAACACAGACCUUUCAAAGUGAUAUAAUGCUGUUAAAUAGUAUGCCAAGAAACUACACUAGAAUCUCAUCAAUGCCAGCCGCUUAUAUAUCAAUCUUUAUCUACAACUGUAUCAGCAGCACCAUCUCAAAACUAACCUGCAUGCUUAAUGUCAUGAUUUCUCUUUUACUAUUGUUGAAUUCCCAUUUCUAGAUAGCAACAUACUAGCUUUUCCUGCUUACGGUGUUUACAUAUACAGCUGAUACAAUAUUCAAGAAUUACGUGAUUACUCACUCAAUAUCACGAAAUUCGUGAUAGAUGUCAGAAAACAUCACAUAGUCAAGAGACAAUGGAAAUGAGAAAACAUUGAGGUAGAACUAAGUUUGUACUGGAAAAUAUUCUUUUACUUUGCGGAAAUUAAAUUUGAUGUGUUGAUGGCGGUCUUGUUGUCAUGCCUUAGUCACAUGUACUUUAUAUUUAUUGUUGAUAUUUAUAUCCAUUUGGUCGAUUUACGAUUUCAUUAUAUGUAUUCCUUUUCAUGUGACACUUGUAUAGCUAAGAGGUCAACAAACGUAGUUAUAUAUUAUGAGUUAGAUAAAGGACUGAUAUUUAUACUUGAUGAACCUUGAUAUGUGAAGUACUGGUAUUAAGGAUUGUGGAGAAAUACACAGGAUAUCAGCACUUUCAAUACGAAUUGCGAGUCAGAUUCUGUAUGAAUAAAAUUUCACCAUAGAGCUGUUUCGUCCUUCGAGGGCUCGUCAAUGGUGCUAAGUACCUAAAGAGUUGAUACCUAGGUGAUAAUGAAAACAACUCAAAAAAGGUCGAAAGAAAUUUUAAACCCUGGACUGGGGGAGCAAUAGUCACAUACAUGUAAUUCAAUGCAUUUCAUAAUUUUUGAUAUUAGAUUUCAAAAGAACGUCAAGUGACUGUGUAUAUUCUAAGCUGUGUCACUAUUCAAAUGAAUCAAAAUCUGACAAGUAAGUUACGACAACCACAAGGACUAAAGUAGACCAACAGUGUUUAAUACUACAAACUCGAGGGUUGUAUAAAAAAAACCACAUAAUAUAUAUCAGAACUUUUAGAUAAAAUCCAUAUUUUAAAAGUUUACCUCUUUCUUUUUUGCUGUACUUAUCAUAUGCUUUGGUUUAUUAUAGAAAUACACCUAAUUACCUUCAAUUGAUAUCAAUUAAGGUAUGCAUGGAAUGUAGAGCAUGCACUGACUUUUAUGAGUUUAAAUAGCUUAUAUACAUAUACAUGUAUCAAGAUUGAACGUCACUGGUGACAAGGUGACACUGACUAUUUACAACUACAGACAUUACAAUAAUUACUUUUCCGGAUAUCGGUAUUUACCAUGCGUCAGUCUGUAUUGAGGAUGUGAUACUAAAAUUAGAUAUAGGACAACUCGCUAUUAAUAGUAUUUCUGUACAUUCUGGAUACAAACUUUAUGAAAAUGAUAUUUGUAUUUUUAGCUUGAUAGGGGUUGAAUUAACGGAAGGAGAUGUCAUUGUCAUCGUGGUCUUCCUCGGAGCCUGCGUCAUCGCCAUCAUUAUCACUGUAAUUUGUCGUCUAACAUACAGGGUUCCUAAUAUGAAGCAAGGAAAAUUGUGUGGCAUCUGCUGUUGCUGUGAAGAUGUAAACAGCCGAAUCAAAUUCGUCAGCCAGAAUAUGGGUUCUGAUUGUGCGAUUUGUCUGGAGGAGAAAAACUUGCUGACGAAAUCUGUUGUCGUGAUCACCUGUAACCACACGUAUCACGCGGCUUGUAUCCGUAAAAGCUUAGAGAUGGACAGGAGCGCCAGGUGUCCGCAGUGUCGACAACAGCUCGGACAAUACUCGAGUACAGAACGGUUCAUCGCCAUUAUCCAGACGCUUGUGAGGAAGAGAAAGGAGAGGACGCUCGAGGUCAAGGCAAGAAAAUGGCGACCGAAACAUGUAAACGAAGAGAAGGAAAAUACAGCUUUAGAAAACACAUAUUUAAAUGAAUGCAGCAGCUACAUUCCGUCCACGAUACCCCCAGAAGGACUUACUUACCCGGUCAUCGAGAACACUGUUGAAGACUUCAGAUAAUUAAGAUGUUUUGCAGUGCUUAAUUUCCAUAAGGAUGAUUUCUUUUAGCGACUAUUACUCAAAUUUCAUUUUAACAAGAACAGAAAAUGCUCUGCCUAUCAUCUUGUCGAUUAGUAGAGAGCAUUUUCUUAUAGUGUCUCAGGAAAACGCGUGAUGUUUUAAAAGUUGAUAAUGAUCUACUUGUACUUUGAGCCACACGUGCGGCGCGUGGAGAUGAAUUAGUAUAAGAUUUGUCUUCUAGUAAUAUCAACAUACAUGUAUGUAUAGAUUGCUUUGAGUAAAUCGUCAACCUUCGUUCAUUAUUUCUUUUUCAAAAAUGCAUUGAUAAUAUGUAUACACUUCAGUCGAACAUUAUGUUUGGGGCUUAGUUGUCUGUCGAAUGGUAUGUUUGUGGCUUAGAUGUCUUUCGAAUUAUGAGUAUAUAUUGGGUUAGUUGUCAUUCGAAACGUGAGUAUGAUUGGGAUGUAGUUGUCAGACGAAUGCUGAAUAUGUUUUGGAGUUUUGUGGUACCGGGAUGGAGAGUAUGUUUUGGGGUUUAGUUAAAAUCCGGAUUGAGAGCAUUUUUUUGUUUUGUUUUAUUUUUUGUGGUUUAGUAGACACCUGGUUGGAGAGUAUGUUUUAUGGUUUAGUAGACACAGGAUGGAGAGUAUGUUUGUGGUUUAUUUGUCAGUGUAAAAAGUAUAAAACGAUAUUGUGACAACACGGGGUUUUGUCAUACAUGCGAUAUGAAUCUAUUUCUCUCAAUAUUGUAGGUUUGCUUUAAUCAGUAGGACACUUAAUACUCCCGUUAAUAAUCUUACUUAGCUAGAACACUAAGCCAGUACAUAUUCUAUUGGAAGACAGAUGAAUUUGAUAUUUUUCCACUCCUACUACAUUUGAAUGAAAGGAAUGCGAGAAAGAUGCAGUUGACUUGUAAAGUUUUUAUAAAUAUCUUCUAGUGCUACUCCAGGAACAGUUCAGAAUAAAUUUAUUAAUACUCUAGUCAUAGUAAUGAAUUUUUAAAUUUAAUAUAUUCCAUUUACAAAGGUAGUUACCCUAUCAAGUUCUUGGUCUGGAAAAUACAUAAACAGUGUACAGUAUUUUUUAUAAAUAGUUAAUAGGUCAUUCGGGUUAAUCUAAACAUACCUGCUAUUUGUGUGUGAUAUACCAAUUCGGUAGUAUUCUUCCUUUUCGGCUAUCUUGGUAGGAUACCAGAACACACUUGUAAUUUUGUGUGUAUCUUGUUUUAGAUUUAACUGAUAGUGCUCCAAGACACACUUGUAAUUUUGUGUGCUAAAAUAGUACUUCAGUAAAAUAUUAAAUAGCUGUCAUUGUUGUAAAUGAUAGAACAGUUGUAGGGUACACUUGUGCAUUUUUGUGGAUCCCUAUUAGGUUUUUUUUAAAGUAAUAUCUAUAUAACACUUAUAUCUGACCAGCCAUUUUAUGUAGUUUUUCGUGUUCAUGGGGACAUUGAACACGUUAAGUCGGGGGUAAUGUGACAACACGGGGUUUUGUCAUACAUGCGAUAUGAAUCUAUUUCUCUCAAUAUUGUAGGUUUGCUUUAAUCAGUAGGACACUUAAUACUCCCGUUAAUAAUCUUACUUACGGAGUUUUUAUCGUGGAAACACAUGUUCCCGCUACAGAGCGCAGCCAUGAUGUUUAUAUGACAGCCGUAAAGCUAGCAUGUAUGUGAACUGUUUACGUGUGCGUAGUUUCGUAUUUUUUACUGCCGUAAUAUUUACAAGUUGCAGACGAUAUUUCUUCUGUGCGUGGUAAAGGUAUGUGAGUUAAUAGAGUUAUGUUGUUGAGUUAUUGCAGGGUUUAUAGAACUUAAAUUAUAUUUAUUAUACCAUUGUUUAUAUGUGUUCGAGAUUAUCAAGCAAUCGCUUCACGCGACAUUAUUCCUAUUUUAGCGGGCGAUUCAAAACAGUCAGUCUGCGUUCGUCUGCGUCUGUAGUCAGUCGUGUUUGUUUAGGUGGGUGUCUAAGCGAUGGACAAAGAGGUGUUUCCUCAGUUCCAAAGCUCGUCAUGUAUUUAUGUGUUAGGUUAGGUAUAGUCUUUAUGUGUGGGGAUGGGUUUAUGUAUUUUAAUGUGGGAUUUUCGGGAAUUUGUUCUUGUUAGUUGGGACGGACGGGGCAUUUUUACAAAAUAAGUGAGUUACUGAUAGGAUCUGCUGCUGAGGCUUUUGGUGUACUAUCUAAUGUUAGAUGUUUAUUAUUAUUUAGACAAAUAGCAGAAUUUACGGGAUUAUCUAAGGAAUAUUUUAGAAUAAUAUUUAUUAUUAAAUAUUAAGGGAAAUUGUUGUAUUUUCACAGAUUUCUGGAAGCUUUGAAGUUCUUAUGAACAAAGUUUAAGUACAUGUAGUUCUAUUAGGUAGGAUUUAUUCUGCUGAUGUUGAGUAUAGUUCCAUACACAUAUGGUUAAAAAUGAGUGAGAAUUAUUUAUUAGUUUAUUUCUACAAAUACUAGUUGGAAGUGAUAUUACACAUUAGUGCAGUAGUUUGAUUCCUGUGGUAGAUUAUUUACCAUAUUAAUGUUAGUGUUAAAGUACCCAAGUUAAUAGAAAGUUUGUAUUUGCCAGUUAAGAAUAUUUAUUGUUGUUAUCAGUCAGUAAGUGUUACAGUUUUAGAGAGUGAUUCAGGAUAUUAGUGAAUACAUAAUUCAUUAGUGUGGAACAGAUAUAUAUAGUUAAGAAUGUGAGUUAAGAAACAAUGUCAUGUAAGAGAGGAUGAAAUUAUUGUCAUAAAUGGAAUCUUUAUGUCUCAUAAAUAAAUGCCUAAUUGUACUGUAA